UAUCUGACCCUCUGAUUCGGUUGCUUUGUCUUCUUCCUUGUUUCAUCGAUCCUGAGAUCGAUAUCAAAAACCAGCCUCUGCUCGAUCGAGCAUCCCUCCCAAUGCCAUCUGGGAUUGUUCCCCCUCCCUGGCAACUCAUCUAGUGUGCCGCUCUCGUGGAUUCACUUCACUCUCAACAAUCCUCGUUCAUUAAAUUUAACAUGUCGAAAUCAAAUAAACUCUCCAUCAAUCAUGCCGCUGGCAUCUUCGCGGACAUGUCCGUCGAUGGCCCCGCCAUCGGCACCCUCGUGGCUGUCAUAGAUCGCGCGAAAAACUUGCCCAAUCGCAAGACCAUGGGGAAACAGAACCCUUACUGUGCGGCGCGUCUGGGCAAAGAAGCCAAGAAGACCGAGACCGAUAUGCGUGGUGGUCAAACCCCGAGAUGGGACCAGGAGUUGCGGUUCACAGUACACGAAUCCCCCGACUACCUCCGUCUCAAACUCUCCGUCUUCAAUGAUGACAAGCGCACCGAUAUGAUUGGCGAGACCUGGGUCGGCUUGAAAGACCUCAUCAUCCCCGGAGGCAGUCAGAGUGACCAAUGGCAUCCCUUGCAGUUCCGCGGCAAGUACGCGGGUGAGAUCCGCAUUGAAAUGACUUACUACGAUACGCGACCCGAGGAUGAGGCUGUCAUUGAACGACGCACCCAGGCGGCCGACAAGAUCGUCGCGAAAUCUAGUAGUACCUCAUUAGCUCCCUCCGCCCCCGCCAUGUCCGGUUCCUCUUCCCUGUCCGGCCCCCGUCAGCUCAAGGAUGUCAAGCGACGCCCCCUGCCCAGUGACCCCACGGGCGCCGCAGCACGACCCUCACUGCCGGAAAAGGUGCCAUCUGCACCACUGCCCGUCCAGCCUCCAGUCCCUCGUCCCGUCCAGGAACCCGUUUAUGCCCCCCGCCAGGCCCCGGAGCUGCAGGAGCCGGUAGUGGCCCCGGUCCCGCUCCGUCCCGCGAGGAACUAUGAAUUCCCGGACGAUUCGCAGAGAGAAUGGCACCCCACCCAGAUCCCUCCUGCACCACAGAUCCCUCCCUUGUCGAGGCGCCAACCCCAAGAGUAUGCGCAACCUCACCCGGCCCAUGAUCCGCGCGUCUACGCGCGACCGCAUUCGGGCUACAGCAACAUGCCUCCAGCCGACUUCGCGGGGGUUUCGCAGCCGCCCCGGCUCGACUAUUAUCAGCCAGAGCCGGACCGCCGGGUCGAGGCACCUCGUCCCACCAGUAAUCACGCGAAUUAUCCCUUCUCAACAACGGAGCAGUACCCGCCUGGCGCUGACGCGACUCGCCUGGGCCAGGUCGCCCGCUUCCCGCCGCGCGGUUCGGUCAGUGUCCACGAGCAAGCGCCGUUGGAGUACGCGCCCGUGGAUAACCCCCUGGCGCCGAUGGAAGUGGACCGUCUCCCGUACCGCGCCCCGGUCAAUUCCCUCACUGAGCAGUCUCGCCCUCCGCCCAGUCGUGACGGGUACCACGCCGAGUACGCCACGAUGCAACCGCGGGUGGAGGACGAGGAGGAAGAAGAGGGCCCUCCGCCUCCGCCCCCGGUGCACCGGUCGGGCGUGGUCGGAGCUAAUCAGCAGUUAGUACCGUCACCGCGCUCCUCGUACCAAGCUUACUCUCUAGAGUAUGGCGCGCCCCCCCGGUCGUCCCACGACCUCCGCCUAUCUCACUCGUCCCACGAUCUGGGCCGCUCCCGCCCGUCCCACGAAGCGCGCCUCUCCCAUCGGACCUCCAACGAGCUCCGCCGGUCCCAUCCGCCCCAGCUGCGGCCCGAUGGACCCCGCCUGACGGACCUCCCCCCGCCUACGAACGCACCGCACAUGCCCCCCAGCCUAGUCGCCGGGUUUGAUCCGGUCGUCGCCGACGACGAGUCGGACCGCAUGGCGUAUGAGGGGGAGGUGCGACGCCGGAGCUCGUAUCUGGAGGAGCGCCAGCUGAUGAUGCCGGAGCCGGAGCCGGUUGCGUCGCUGCCGCCAUACCCCGUGGACCCGUCGGUUGAGGAUGGCGCCGUCGUCGUGCGCCGCGGGUCGGCCAAUACGAAUAUGCAGAUGGUGCCGCUGCGGAAGUCGGUCAGCCCGCAGCCCUUGCGACGCCAGUCGGUCAGUCCACACCCGAUACAUCGUCAGUCAGUCAGUCCGCACCCAGUGCAGCGCAAGUCGAUCAGUCCGCACCCAGUGCAGCGCAAGUCCGUCAGCCCGCAGCCGCCCGUCGGCGAGCGCGAGGGCGGCCAAAUCCCGUUCUCGCCCGACUCAUACGACCUGUUCAACCCGAACGCAGCGCGGGCGGCCGUAGUCCGCGACCCCCACGCGUCGUACGACACUCCAGCGCAGUCAAUGGAAGCCGCGCAGCGGUCAGAGCAGGAGACGGCGCGCGGGCCGACCCCGAUCAUCGGAGACGACGGCAAGGAGAUCGACCCGUCGGACCACCUGCCUACGGACACGUGGGCACCAGAGCCAGAGCGCAAACCCAAGAAGCCGGGGCUGGUGGUGCGUUUCCGCAAUACGCCGCGACACAGCCCUGCUGCGUCGCCGCCUACCGUACCUCCUAAGGAAUACAUCCGGCCGGCCCUCCGGCCGCAGUCGUAUCUGGGGGGAGGCUCCGAUCCCCCGGCUGAGCCGGAUCGGGGGCGUUCGCGAUACGGAUACCAUAAUAAGUCGUACAGCACGCCGAACGUUGCGGCACCGUACGGCGGGUCCGCGCGGGGACGGUCUCCGGGGUUGCAGGUGGGGUACGCGGGGGGACACACUAGAGGUCACUCGCCGGGUGGACACUCCCCGGGCCUCCACGCCAGAGGACUCUCGCCGGGCCUUCACGCUAGGGGACACUCCCCAGGUCUCCACGCUAGGGGACAUUCCCCAGGCGUCCACGCCAGAGGCCACUCGCCAGGUGCUUCCAUGUACGCACCGCCAGCCACAGUUGGACCACCCAUUCCCGCCAAGGUGCCAGUGGGACCACCAACAAAGACCAGCACAGCGAUGGUCGCACCAGGCGGGAUGGACGCGCUGAGCCGGGAGCUGAACACGAUCGAUAUCGGGGAGGUGGGGUUCAACCAUGGACGGGCGAUGAGAAAGUAUGUACCGCGGUUGACGACGGGGUAUGCAUCUUAGUAUGCCGGGUAGAUCUGGUAUGAAUGGGUACCCCUGGGUAUGUUUUCGGGGCAUUGUAGGGGCAUGCAUUAUUGAGUGGGUAUGGCGUUUGGUUGCAUAGACUAUGAUUUUUGAUUGAUUGAUUGAUUCAUAUCAUGAUUGAUGCGAUUGAUGGAAUGAUUGAUGGAUAGAUUGAAUGAAUUGUUUGAUAUGAUACUUUGAUGAUGAUUGAUUGAUUGAUUGAUGUGAUGCACUGAUGAAUUACUGAC